AUCUUGUCGCCGAAGGGCGCAUUACUUCCGCAAGACGUCCGAUCCAACAAUAAAGGUGAAGAUACCUUUGGAUAUAUAAUUCGAAGGAAUUAUAGGGUGUUAUUAAGAUUUUCCGAGUCCUUUGACUACCUCGGAGUACCUGAUUAAAUUAGAAUCAAUGCAAACGACCCGGCUUAUUUUCACACCUACUCAGGUUUAGUUUCUAUUCUAUAUCCUAGGUCUCUGCUUGUAUUAAUCUAGGUAUAUAAUGUUGUUACCGCGUUACUCGGGGCGCUUAGCUCGAAGCUGCCAUCUUAAUGUUACAUAUGCCCACCAAAGGCUGUUCUCCACGUCGAGGAAACUAAGUCAAAUAUCAAAUUCGAGUAACCUGGCGGCUCUAAGGGAUAUCCUUAAGGUAUCGGAAGAAGUGACCGAUGCAUUGGCUACGAAUAAGCCUGUGGUAGCACUUGAAUCGACUAUCUAUACCCAUGGAGCUCUAGGUAACGACUUGGAUUUGGAGGGGGUUGUUCGGCGUAACGGUGGCGUCCCCGCCGUGGUUGGCAUCCUGGAAGGUGUACCUACGGUUGGCCUGCUACCCGAAGAAGUGGCCCGUAUGGUAGAGGGAUUGCCAAAGAAAGUAUCACGACGAGAUAUUGCUUACCUCGUCGGCAUGGGUAUGUUAGGGAAUAAGAUCAACGGAGGAACUACUAUAGCUGGUACUAUGAUUCUAGCAAGGCUUGCUGGAAUUCGAGUUUUCGGAACUGGCGGCCUUGGUGGCGUGCACCGAGGUGGGCAUGAGUCGUUCGAUAUCUCUGCUGAUCUUACCGAGCUCGGAAGAACAAGGAUGGCAGUAAUCAGCAGUGGUUGCAAAGGCUUCCUCGAUAUUCCUAGGACUUUAGAAUACUUGGAAACUCAAGGUGUGCUCGUGUCGACCUUCGCGGAUGGUCGACCGGGUGCCGUUGACUUCCCAGCGUUCUGGGCACGAGAUAGUGGCGUGAAAAGCCCUUCUAUUGUGCACGAUGAAGAACAAGCCGCGGCAAUUACCCUGGCACAGGAAAAGCUAGGGAUUGAAUCGGGGAUCUUGUUUGCGAACCCAAUACCCGAACAAUUUUCUAUCCCUCGGAGCGAGAUGGAUGCUGUCAUUGAACAAGCAAUCCAAGAGUCGACACAGCAAGGUGCUCUUGGAAGCGAAAACACACCAUUUAUCCUAAAAAGGAUUAGGCAACUCACUAAUGAUAGGAGUGUACUGGCAAACAAAAUCCUAGUACAAGCAAAUGUAGAACGAGCCACCAAGAUAGCUGUUGCGCUUUCGCAGCUUGUUGCUGGCGAAUCUGUAACGCCUCAUAAACCGGUGAAGCAACAGAGUGGAUUUCAAUUUUACGAGAAGAAACCUCCAUCAAUAAUUGAAGCAGCGCAAGAAACCAAGGUCACUUCUAAGGCUGAUAUCCUCGUCGCUGGCUCUGUGGCCAUAGAUCUUAGCUGUGAUUAUGUCGGUGAAGAUUGGAUAGAACAUCCCGCUCCUCAUUUACACACAUCAAAUCCAGCCCAUAUCGGCCAGUCUAUUGGAGGUGUCGGCCGCAACGUGGCACUUGCGGCCCAAAGGGUUAUGCAAAGCUCAGGAGUGCGACUAUGUAGUAUGAUUGGUGAUGACCUGGCUGGUUCGACUAUACUUUCGUCCAUGCAAGCAAGUGGCAUGGAUACAUCAUGCAUUAGGCAGCUAAGUCGCAAGCAAUAUCCGGAAAGCCGGACUGCUCAGUACGUGGCCGUCAACGAUGCCAAUAAGAAUUUAGUCCUUGGCAUGGCGGACAUGGGUAUAAUUAGCACUCACUCAUUCCCAAAUCACUGGAACUCCAUAGUGAAAGAGUCAAAGCCCAGCUGGCUUGUGGUUGAUGGGAAUUGGGCACAUAACAACAUUCGAGCCUGGGUACAGGCUGCGAAACAAAGUGAUGCCCAUGUUGCUUUUGAACCAGUUUCGAAGGGGAAAUCUACUCGCUUAUUCUGCAAUGAAAAAGAUAUUGAAAGCUUGGGUGUUUUCCCCAACGCUAGCGUCGACCUCGCGACGCCCAAUCAGUAUGAGUUAGCGGCCAUGCACGCAGCUGCGCAACGAUAUGAAUAUUUUGACAACCAAAACUGGUGGGAGGUCAUUGAUGCCUUUGGCAUGAGAGGAGCUAGAGAUCGCUUCGUCAAACUUACAUCCGUUAGUAUGACCGACGCCGGUAUUCCACAGCAAGCCAUUCAGCUUCUGCCAUUUAUCCCAACUAUCGUCACUAAGAUGGGGAGCCACGGUGCCUUGUUGACUAUGAUACUGAAGAAUGAUGACCCUCGGCUGAUGGACCCAGCUUAUGAGAAGUUUAUCCUCUCGAGAAGUCUCAAUAAACAUCCUGAAGUAGGAGGUGUCUAUAUGAGAUUGUUCCCACCAGUGGAACGGGUGGAAGAUGUCAUCUCGGUGAAUGGGGUUGGUGACACAUUCCUCGGUGUAUUGAUUGCUGGCUUAUCACAAGGGGGCAAAGUUGAGAAUCUCAUUAAUGUCGCUCAAAAAGGUGCUGUAUUGACGCUUCGCAGUCCUCAGUCUGUAAGUGAGGAUUUGGGUACGUUAAGGGAUGGAUUGAUAGCUGCUGCUUCAUAAUCACGACAACUUUAAAUUCAGAACUAUCAUAGCACCGUGGCCUUCUAUAGAAACGAAGUAAAUAAAUAAACGUUAGAAAUAAAUUAAAACCUCCCC